AUGCGUCUCGGCGUCCGUCAAGACGUCAAGUCGGUCACCGCAUGCAUCUCGACAAUCGCGGCCGUGGCUUGGCGGCGCCUCGCCCGCCUCGGCAGGCAACACGUCAACUUCGUCUCUCUUCACUACGCCUACUUCAUCGUCGUCUCGCUGCUGGCGUCUGUUGCCUUCUGGCUCCUCUCUGACCCAAAACUCUCCGUCACUUAUGUUGACAGCUUGUUCAUGGUCGUGUCUGGCAUCACGGGAACCGGUCUCAACGUAGUUGACCUCAGCAGAUUGACCACGGCGCAGCAGGUCCUCCUUUGCCUGCUCAUGGUCGGCGGCAGUGCCGUGUGGGUUUCGAUAUGGCUGAUCAGUGCCAGACAAGCCUCGUUUCGUCGACUUCUCAAAGUAAAUGGGCCGUCCCGGCCUCACCUGGACAGUGGACAGAGCCGCCGUUCCCCUUGUCGUGGCGCACAUCACAAUGCCCUCGAUGCUGCCAUCCAUGCGUGCGAGGAAAAGGCGGCCGGCGACGACGACGUGGGACAGGCCAGGACCGAGCACAAGGCCCUGCAGAUGCUGUCUCUCGUCGUUCCGCUAUACUUCACCCUAUGGCAAGUACUUGGCUGCCUAGGCCUCGGAGCUUGGAUCGCGACCAACCAGCCGGGCCCGGCGUUGGAAAACGGCAUCAAUCCAUGGUGGCUCGGGAUAUUCAAUGGCGUCUCUGCAUUUAACAAUUCCGGCAUGUCGCUCCUCGACGCCAACAUGGUGCCCUUUCAGGCCGCAUACUAUGUCUUGUUGACAAUGGGUCUUUUGAUCCUGGCUGGAAAUACGGCCUAUCCGAUAUUUCUUCGCUUCAUAUUCUGGUCCUCCUUGAAAGUCGUCAGCGCCCUCCCCCAAGGCCCGCUCGUCAAUCAAUGGCGGUCGACCACUGAGUAUAUUCUGCGCCAUCCCCGGCGUGUGUACACGACUCUUUUUCCCACCCAGCACACCUGGUGGCUUCUAUUCACGAUACUGUUGCUCAACAGCAUAGACUGGGCGGCCUUUGAGCUUCUGAAUCUCGGAAACCCCAUCGUCUCGGAGAUAUCCUUUGGACCGCGGAUCAUGGACGGACUCUUCCAGGCCUUUGCGGUCCGAUCGGGAGGCUUUUACGUCGUCCCCAUUGAAAAGACAAGCAUCGCUCUCCAAGUGCUGUAUGUCAUCAUGAUGUACGUUUCCGUAUACCCAGUCGUCAUCACCAUGCGCAACUCAAACGUCUACGAGGAGCGCUCCUUGGGAAUAUUCGCCAUCGAAUCAGAUGCAGACCAAGGCGGACGCGUCAACUCGUACGGCGCCCCCAAGUCAUUCAAGACCAGGCGCAUGUUCAUCUCGCAGCAAAUCAGAGGCCAGCUAGCCAACGACAUGUGGCUGCUCGCGCUGGCCACAUUCAUAAUCACCGUUAUCGAAGAGCCGCAUUUCACCGCGGAUCCCGUAUCAUUCAGCGUUUUCAACAUUAUAUUUGAGAUCAUAUCGGCCUACGGGUGCGUCGGGAUAUCCGUCGGCUCGCCCGGCGCCAAUUACAGCUUCUGUGGUAGCUGGCGCCCGGGCAGCAAGCUGGUCGUUUGCCUCGUCAUGUUGAAAGGCCGGCAUCGAAUGCUGCCCGCCAGCCUGGAUUAUGCAGUGCGUCUUCCAGACAACCAAGUACCGGGGGAUGGUGAGCGAGGCGGAUCUAGAACGGCACCGGCGACAUAG